CAGCCGCCGCCGUUCCCCGCCCGCCUCCCGCCGCCCUUCCGCGCCUUCCCGCCGCCCUUCCCCGGCCCCGCCGUCCGCCCAGCGCCCUUCGCGGUAGGACCAGCGGCACCCCCGCCUUUCUUCUUGCCACCGCCGCCUGCGGCUGAGGGGGGACCGCGCUACCCGCCGGGCGUCCCUUACUUAGCGGCGGCCCCGCCGCGGGCAGCGGCCGAGGAGGAGGCGGUGCAGCGGCAGCAGGAUGAGCUGUGGCUGUCGCAGUUCCUCGGCCGCCGCCGCGCCGCUCCCCCGCCGCCG